CUAUUUUUCUUUUUCCUCCAAGGUGAGCUGAGUCCUGGUUUUCCAAUUAUAAUCUCAACCUGAGGUGCGGAUUGGUCUCAAUUGUUUUUUCCAUAGUCUCCUGCUUACCCUAACAAAUUGGACCGUCGAGUUUCGAAUUUGUACAGACCGUUUGAUUAUUGUAACAUAAUUACCAACUAGCUGCUAUUCUGGAGAGCACCGAUGGUCUGAAAUUGUUCUCACAAAAUUCAUCCUUUCGAUGGGUCAAGUUCAAAGCGACGUUGCCGCCGUUGAUCAGGGCAAGCAAGAAGUUUCAGCUAGAAAUAAUCCCCAGCCAACUUCAUUUGAAGAUCUCCUUGCAGGUGCUAUAAGAUCUUUUCCAAUGGAUUCUCAUCCCGAUGAUAGUCAAAGAUCUUGAAGCUGCAGCAUUUGGAGACGAUGAGAAUGAGUCCCUUGAUGCAAAGGUGCAGAAAGCACUAGAAUGUCCUUGUGUUGCUAAAUUACGGGAAGGUCCUUGUGGUGAUCAGUUUUCAGAGGCUUUUGCCUGCUUUCUUAAGAGCACUGCUGAAGAAAAGGGUUCCGAUUGUGUUCAUCCAUUUAUCGCUCUGCAGAACUGUAUCAAAGUAAAUCCUGAUGCAUUUCCUAAGGAUGUUUUAGAGGAAGAUGGGAGCAAGAAAGAGGAACAAUAUACCCAUGCGUACAAAAUCAUCCCUCCAAAGUGGGCCAAAGAACCGAAACGCAAGCGUGAAUGAUCUGAAUUUUUACUAGGAACUCACUGAUGUAUGUCACAUGGUAGAGGUUUUCUUUCACUUCUCUUUCGGAUGUUACUUUAGGUACACCCCAAGCUACCCCUUUUCCUUGGAGUAAUUAUUAACAAUUUGAUUAUUCUGGUAAAUAAGUGAUAUUUUUGAAGCAUUAUACCCAAAAAGCAAUAGGAAAAGAAAAAGGAGGAAAGACUAUUUGCGAAGGGGUAUGGAUAAUACUCUACGAUUUACAUCUUUUUUUAUGUACAAUUUGGAUGUAAUGUAAACCAAGUCUCCAUUUAAUACAGUUCAAAGAAAUUUUACAUUUGAAACUA